AUGGAAAGAAUUACUGAUCUCAAUUAAUAAAUUAUCACUAACGAAACUGGUGAAAAGGAAUACUACACAGUCACAGAUAAUAGAAAUGGCAAAACUUAUGAAGUUCCUAUCAGAAACUCUAGAGAAGGAAGAUAUAUAAUGGCUAAGGAUAUUGGUAAAAUUAAAGAUGCUGAAGGAAAUGUCCUCCGUGUCUACGAUCCUGGUUAUAUGAACACUAUUGUUAAUACUUCCAGAAUUUGCUAUAUUGAUGGUGACUUGGGUGUAUUAGAGUAUAGAGGUAUUCCAAUUGAGUAGCUUGCUGAGAAAUCUACUUUCUUGGAAGUAGCUUAUCUUCUUAUCUACGGAGAAUUACCAACCAAGACCCAAUUUGAAGAAUUCAACUAAAGAAUUUCAGGUCACACAUUCUUGCAUACUGAUGUCUUACAAAUGAUGAAACACUUCAGAUAUGAUGCUCAUCCUAUGGGUAUGCUUAUUAGCACUAUUGCAGCAUUAUCUACUUUCCGUCCUGGUUCCAACCCUGCCUUAGCUGGUUAAGAUAUCUAUAAGGACUUGAAGAUUCGUAACAAAUAAAUUUAUCGUAUUCUUGGACAAGUUCCUACUAUUGCUGCUAACGCUUAUAGAUCUCGUAUUGGUAGAAACUUCAACAACCCAUCUUCUGAUCUUCCUUACGUUGAUAACUUCCUUUACAUGAUGGAUAAAUUAAAUGAAAAUAAAUACAAGCCUCAUCCUAAGUUAGCUAAGGCUUUGGAUAUUCUCUUUAUUCUCCAUGCUGAACACGAAAUGAAUUGCUCAACAGCAUUUGUUAGACAUUUAGCUUCUUCUGGUGUUGAUGUAUACUCUUGCAUAGCUGGUUCUGCUGCUGCUCUUUAUGGUCCUAAGCAUGGUGGUGCAAAUGAAGCCGUUUUAAGAAUGCUUGAAUAAAUUGGUGAUGUUAAGAAUAUUCCCUCUUUCAUUGAUAAGGUCAAGAAUAGAAAGGCUUUACUUUUCGGUUUUGGUCACAGAGUCUAUAAGAACUACGACCCUCGUGCUAAAAUCGUCAAGAAGACUGCUUAUGAAGUUUUUGAAAUCUGUGGAAAAGAACCUUUAAUUGAAAUUGCCAUCGAAUUGGAAAAGAUAGCUCUUGAAGAUGAAUUUUUCAUUAAGAGAAAGUUAUAUCCAAAUGUUGAUUUCUACUCUGGUGUUAUUUAUAGAGCUAUGGGUUUCCCCACUGAUAUGUUCCCAGUCCUUUUCACUAUUCCAAGAGUUGCUGGUUGGUUAGCUCAUUGGGUUGAAUACCUCGAUGAUAAGGAAAACAACAUUGUUAGACCCAGACAAAACUAUGUUGGCUAUGCUAAAAGAGAUUAUGUUCCUAUGGAAUAAAGACAAGAAGCUAAAUUUAACUUAGAAAGCUCCAAGAGUUCUACUUCCAAGAGAAGAGAAGCUGGUACAAGCGUUGUUUUGUGA